GUUUGUCUCCCUCUCUCUCUCUCUGUUUUUCUCAACAUGGCCAUUUCCACAUACCAUGCUACGUCUCUUCCCAAAACCUGUCUCCCUUCCUUCACCACCCUCAAAGUCCCAUCAAAACCCAAGAAUCUCCAUCUGGGUUGCCCCGAAUCCAAGCGCUCAUCCAUCUCUUGCAGUUCUACCGUAUGUAACAUCAAUAGCAGAGAAAACGAUUUUACAACUUUGCAGAGACCGGACUCCGUCGGUCGGUUCGGACAAUUUGGCGGAAAGUACGUCCCUGAAACCCUCUUACCCGCUCUUACCGAGCUUGAGAAAGCUUUCCAUUCCCUCGCAGACGAUGAAGAUUUCCAGAAAGAACUGGAUGGAAUUUUGAAAGACUAUGUUGGACGUGAAAGCCCUCUUUAUUUUGCUGAGCGGCUUACAGAGCAUUAUAGACGUCCAAAUGGAGAGGGUCCUCAUUUAUAUCUGAAGAGGGAAGAUCUUAACCACACUGGAUCUCACAAAAUUAACAAUGCUAUUGGUCAAGCAUUGCUCGCCAAGCGUUUGGGGAAAAAGCGCAUAAUUGCUGAGACAGGAGCUGGUCAGCAUGGAGUUGCAACUGCUACUGUAUGUGCUCGAUUUGGUUUGCAGUGUGUUGUCUACAUGGGUGCCCAAGACAUGGAAAGGCAAGCCCUUAAUGUGUUUAGAAUGCGGCUUCUGGGUGCUGAGGUUAGAGGAGUCCACUCCGGGACAGCAACUCUUAAGGAUGCUACAUCAGAGGCUAUAAGAGAUUGGGUAUCUAAUGUAGAGUCAACACACUAUAUCUUGGGUUCUGUUGCAGGGCCACAUCCAUAUCCCAUGAUGGUCAGAGAAUUCCAUGCAAUAAUUGGGAAAGAAACAAGAAGACAGGCAUUGGAGAAAUGGGGUGGGAAGCCAGAUGUGCUCGUUGCCUGUGUUGGUGGAGGUUCUAAUGCCAUGGGACUCUUCCAUGAGUUUGUCAGAGAUUCAGAUGUCAGGUUGGUUGGCGUCGAGGCUGCAGGUCAUGGAUUAAACAGCGGCAAGCACGCCGCGACCUUGACGUUAGGGGAAGUUGGAGUAUUGCAUGGGGCCAUGAGCUAUUUGUUGCAGGAUGAUGAAGGACAAAUAAUUGAGCCUCAUUCGAUUAGUGCAGGCUUGGAUUAUCCUGGCGUUGGACCAGAGCAUAGUUUUCUAAAAGAGAGAGGGCGUGCUGAAUACCAUAGCGCCACCGAUGAGGAGGCUCUAGAAGCCUUCAAGAGAGUGUCUAGAUUGGAGGGCAUAAUUCCAGCUCUAGAGACAUCACAUGCACUGGCUUACCUAGAGAAGCUUUGCCCUUCUUUACCAGACAAAACAAAGGUUGUCGUUAGCUGCAGUGGCAGGGGUGACAAGGAUGUUCACACAGCCAUUCAACAUUUGCAAGUUUAAAAUUACCUCUUUUGUUCUGCGAUUUCUGGAGAGAUGGGUUAAUGAAGUUUGGUUUAUUUUGAUGUCUCCCUUCAUAUCACCAGGAAAAAGCAGUGUGCUAAUGAAGAAGCCUUCUUGAACCUUUCUUUA